AUGCCCACAAAUACUAAAACAAUUGUCUCAAGGAGAAAAAUGUUGUUAGAACUGAAUCUCCAGUUUUCUGAGAGGCACAGUGUUUUCACCACAUACAAGAUGAGCGACGGAAACAUUGAUGAUAUUUUGGCUGAUGUUGUUCCCCAAGACAAGGCUACGGUCUACACCAAACCUUGUCAAUUGCCACCCAACAUCGCCUUUAAAUUGGAAAAAUGGACCCUCACCGAAUCCAAAUUUAAAAAGAACCAAGUGACGAGUCAGAUCACUGUGCAAAUGGAUGACUUUGUAAACCUGCUCAUUUAUCCAGGGGGCAAAUUUGAAAAUGUCCCUAACGACAAAGUCUCCAAAAUAAACAACGCAAUCAAAAAUGGGGAGGAUUGGUUCCUUGUUGCUCGGAAUUGGACCAGUGUUGAUCGUGUGCCAAUAGACAUCCUGCCACUCUCGAAGAAAAGGGAGCAGAAUUUGCCAACAUUUGAUUACACUGUCCAUGAAAUUGUGAAACUGGAUGCUGAAGGAAACAUGAUGAUUCCAGGAAAGAAGAAUGAAGGCAGCCCUUCGAAGAAAUUUAAAAGGGAAUUUUAAUUGAUAUUGUCAGCUGUUUUUAUUUUUUGUAGGUCUUUUCAUUUACUAGUAUUGUAAGUUAAGUUAUCUUUAAUUGCAUAAGGUGUGUCUUCAACUUAUUUUUUGUUUCACUUCAAUUUAAUAGAUACGUAAGCCUUUUUUCUAAAAUUUUACCAUUUUAUAAUAAAAGAUUUCAGAAAUUAAAUAA